AUGAACACCGCAAAGCACCAAAAAACGAUUAAACCCUUUAAUGAAACGGAAUUAAUACAGCCCCAAAUUUCAUUUACAACAAAUGCCACGGAAAAACAAAAUAGCCAGGCUAUGCUUGCGCUUUUUAUAGCCGUUCACACUCCCCUUUUAUCAGUAAAUCACCUAGGGGCCUUAUGCAAUUCAGCAUUUAAAGACAGCAAGGCCGCAAAUUUUAGUUUGCAUCGCACAAAAUGUACCAACAUUAUAACAAAUGUUUUGGCACCACAUUUUGUUGACAAUUUGUUAGAGGACAUUGGUGAUUCAAGUUUUAGCCUCAUAUUGGAUGAAGGUACUGAUAUUUCAGUGGAAAAACUAUUAGGCGUUGUAAUACGAUAUUACAGUAGAGAUAAAGAACAGUUUAUUACUACAUUUCUGGGAUUGAUUGAUUUAGAAGGUGGAAAAGCUGAUGAUCUGUUAAAAGGUUUGGAACGACUAACAAAAUUAUUUAACUUGGAUUUAACAAAACUUUUAGCCAUUGGUACGGACAAUGCUGCCGUAAUGACCGGUAUGUGUUUGUCAUUCCUUGAAAUUAGCGGUGUGUGCGGCAGCAGAAAAACAUUUUCCUGCCAAUAUUAA